AUGGAGGAAGCCCCACCCCACCCGGGAUACAAAGCCAAGCAAGGUUACGUCAUAUACAGGAUUCUUGUGCGCUGUUACGGCCGCAAAUGCCAGGUUCCUUAUGGCAAGCCUGUCCACCAUCAUGGUGUUAAACAGCUCAAAUUUGCUCGUAGCCUUCAGUCUGUUGCCGAGGAGCAAGCUGGGCAUCACUGUGGAGCUCUGAGAGUCCUGAAUUCUGACUGGGUUGGUGAAGAUUCUACAGAGAAAUUCGUUGAGGUUAUCCGCAUCGAUCCAUUCCAUAACGCCAUCAGAAGAAAUCCUGACACCCAAUGGAUCACCAAACCAGUCCACAAGCACCGAGAGAUGCAUGGGUUGACCUCUGCAGGCUGCAAGGGUCGUGGCCUUGGAAAGGGCCACAGGUUCCACCACACUAUGGGUGGUUCUCGCCGAGCAGUGUGGCGAAAGUGCAAUAUUCUCCUGCUCCACCCUAAGUUGCCGCUAAUAAUAAAACUGCAUGUGAAUGGGCUGUGGGAAGUGAGAAGCAGAAGCAGUAGUUCAGGACAGAUGCUCCAAGCAUGGGACAAGGUGGUAGCAGCAAAGCUGGAUGAAAAGCAGGGAGGCUAUGCUAAAGAUGUAGAUGUAGGAAGUGAGGAAAAGAAAGAAAAAUUGAAAAUAAACCCCUGA